AUGGAACAUUCGUCUCCUCUGGCCGCUAUGCAGCCUUCACCUGCUCUGUUCGGUCGCUGUUUCAGAUCAGAAGCUCCUACUUCGUACCCAUUGUCCGGGUUUGGUGGUAAUCCUUUCAACUUCAAAGACCUGUCAAUGAAGAAGUCUGGUCCCGAUUACUUCAACAUGGGACCUCUACAGGGUUCUUCGCCUGCUGCCAGUUUGGCAGCUGACCUUUCCCAGAACUUUCACAUUGAUCAAAGUCCGCAAUUGGUAACACCCAGGCGGUCUUUGUUCUCAUCAAACGCUUUGGGAAAGGCCAAUCGACGUGAUGAUGUGAUGACUACGCCCCCUUUGCCCUCGUCCCCCGCCGGUAUGGAUAUUAUGGAAAUGAGCCCGUUGCCGCACAAGCCGGCUUUCAUUGUGACCACCGAGAUUGAGGUUCUUUCGCCGUCACCAUUGAACACCCCAAUGGACUCUCCGAUCACAUCGGCUGCUCCUAGCCCUUUGCAGGCUUCGCCUAUGGAAGCUCCGACGUAUGCUCAGCCUGAGCGCCGUCGUCCUCCCUUCCUUCGACCCAGCCUGGCCAAGAGCAAAGCUGCAUCGUUCCAGCUCGGGAUGAACCGGUCUGGCCAGGAGAGCAAAGCACCUGCAUUCAGGUUCAGCACACAAGGAGCCAAGACCUCAUUGAGCACUUCUACCUCCCUGGAGGAUAUGUUCGGAGAUUCUCCUCCCCAAGAGAGAUCUAUCUCCCGCAACAGCUCAUCGAGCAACCUCGCACUGCCCCGUCUUCGCCCACCCUUCAGCCAUGCUCGUAGCAGUGGCUCGCCCGCACCAAACUCGAUUCGCAAAACCUCUCACCCCUUGAUGCGCCCCCGCAAACAAUGUCGGCGGUCGUUGAGCAUGUUUGAGAACCCAGCGGAUGUUAUUGCCGAAAAAGAGGCUAAGGUAUCAACAAAUGCACCCCUCAAGUCCCUCCAGUCCAUCAGUGACAUAGAGACCGCUCCCCAACCCCAGCUUCCUCACUUCACACCUGAGGAUCGGGCGGACGGUCUGCCUCGCAUCGCCAAAAACACCCUCCUGGACCUUCUCGAUGGCAAGUUCAGUGACCAGUUCGACAACAUCAUGAUCGUUGACUGCCGUUUCGAAUAUGAGUAUGAAGGCGGCCACAUCAAUGGUGCUGUCAACUUCAACGACAAGGAACGUCUUGCCGGUGAACUUUUCAACUCCCCCAUGUCCCGAACCGCCCUGAUUCUUCACUGCGAGUACUCUGCUCACCGUGCACCUAUCAUGGCCAAGUACAUUCGUCAUCAUGACCGUGCUGUCAACGCCGACACUUACCCCCAUCUUACCUACCCCGACAUGUACAUCCUGGAAGGUGGAUACAGCGCUUUUUAUGCCGAGCAUAGCGCCUUCUGCUACCCUCAAAACUACGUUGAGAUGAACGCGAAGGAGCAUGAGUUUGCUUGUGAGCGUGGCCUCGGCAAGGUCAAGCAGCGUUCAAAGUUGAACCGCGCUCAGACUUUCGCUUUUGGCCAGCACUCUCCUCAAAUGGAGGAUAGCCCGACUGGUCGUUGCCGUUUCGACGAAGAGCGAAGCAAUCGCCUGAUGAGCUCUCCAUUUUCCAUGUGUGACAGCCCAGUCCCAAAUCGCACUCCAGGUCGCCGAAUGCUGUCCUACUAA